AUGGGGACUCUUUCCGUUUUCCUUGACGUUCCAUUAACGGAAACAGACCUCCCUUUAGAUGUCUACAGAGAAGAUCCUUCACCUAAAAAAGUGUGCCUUGGCCAUACAGGCUGCCAGACAGAUUGCCCGGAUGAAACCUGGAUUCCACUGGUGGUGCAACGAGUUCUGCUUAAAAUCCCUCAGGAUCCAACCUUGGACCAUGAAUACCUCCCUCACCUGGGCAUGACGGCAUUUACUACGGCAGCCAUGGAGCUACUGAUCGGCAAAGACAAUCAUGCUCUCUUGGAAAACAGGGCAGGUGCUGUUCAAACAGUUGGUGGGACAGGAGCACUGUGGAUUGGAGCUGAAUUUCUGAAUCGCUGGUACAAACCCAAUGAUUUUGCUCCAGCAACGGUUUAUAUCUCUGUACCACAGAUAGGCAAUCUUGGUUGUAUAUUCCAUGUUGCUGGCUUUACAAACAUUUGUACCUAUCAUUACUGGGAUCCUGUCAACCUGACAGUCAACACACAAGGAUUACUAGAAGAACUCCAGAAUAUGAUACCCCAUUUUCCUUAUUUCUUCUUUCCCAGGCAACAAAGUCUCAAGACAUUAGUAAAGAGGAUCAUGCUGAUCAGAGAGAAAUUGAAAGAGAAACUGCGUAUCUUGGGAACGCCUGGUUCCUGGGAGCAUCUUACUGCCCAGUCAGGAGUAAAUAGCUUUAUUGGUCUCCUCCCCUCCCAAGUGGAUUUCCUGGCCAAGCGGAAGCACAUCUACCUCCUUCCAAAUGGGCAGAUCAACAUCUGCAGCAUUAACUCGAGGAAUCUGAACUACGUUGCACAGAGUAUCCAUGAAGCAGUGGUGUCCACCACCGUUGAAGACCACAGACCGAGCACAGAUUUAGAUGAUCCAGCCAGAAAUUCCAUCGAUGAAGUGCCAGCCAGAUGCAGUUUUCGAUAGUUAACAUUAAAGUCAAUGUAUUUGCUUUGCUUCUAAACCACAGCAGCAAUUUGAAAAGGUAUUUUUCAACUACCUUUCCCGGGAUGAUCCAAUGGCUGGUCGAUUAUAGUGAUUCCCACAUUGCGAGUUCUGGCUUCUGUGUUGCAGAAGAGGAAGGAAGAGAAGAAUUCAGUGUAUAGACAACUAAAUUUGCCAGUAAAUGAUGUCAAACGUAAA